UCCAGGCAGCGAUGACAGUGACCGUGUCCCCCGAGCGGGGCCCACUCGCGGCGCAGCGCUGGGGCCCCCCGCGCCGGGUGGCCAUCAAGAGGAGCCCCGGGGCCCCGUUGGGCGUCAGCAUCGUUGGAGGCAAGGUUGACAUCAUCUCAAAUCGAGAUGGAGAAGACGGCGAAGAGAAGGCUAUCUUCGGAAUCUUCAUCAAGAAUGUAGUUCCUGACAGCCCUGCGGGGAACUGUGGGGAAUUACAG